CAUCAACAACAACUCACAUCUCAACAAUAUCAUCUGAGUCGUUCUGCAUCUAGGUGUCAUCGAAACUACUAUCAACGAACAUGCACUUCAUCUACCCACUGGCGGCGCUGGCAGCAACAGCCCUGGCCAUCCCCUCUCAACUCGUCGAGAAGAAUGGCGUCAAAGCUAUCACUGGCGAACCCCUUCUCAUCACUCCCUCUGGCCAACAGGAGCCGCAUGAGAAGCGCCAAAGUGCCACUCUCCAGCAAAGAGCUCUCCUCCACCACAACAUCCACCGCAGGAACCACUCAGCCCCAGACCUCACCUGGAACGUUGACCUAGCCAAAUACGCAAAAGAACUCGCUUUACGCUGCAACUUCCAACACAACACCUCCAUCGGUGGAGGCGGCUACGGCCAAAACCUUGCCGUCGGCCUCAAAGAAGCCAACAUCACAUCUUCCAUCACGGACCUCUGGUACGGAGGCGAAUUCAACGCUUAUAACCCGAAGUGGUACAAUACCUCCGAGCCGGACAUGUCGAAGUUUGGAUCCUUUGGACACUUUACGCAGGUCGUCUGGAAGGGCAGUACCUCGCUUGGCUGCUAUGUUGCGGAUUGUAGUAAGACGGGAGUUGUUGGCACGGGCAGCAGCAGAAUCCCGCCUUAUUUGACUGUUUGUAAUUACAAAGCGCCUGGCAACUACAUUGGUCGAUUUAAGGACAAUGUCGGGAAGCCUCUGGGGGGACCGGUUGCGAAGUGGAAUACAGGGUUGUAGGCUGCCAGGGCGUGGGAGAAUGAUAGGCGAAUGCUGAGGGUGAUGUAAUUUUCAAUCAUUUAUAAACCCCGUUAGGGUCAUUCGUUACAGCAAUAUUGAUUCUCUCUACACUCAUCUUCCGUCGACUGAAUCCCCCGACGCUUGCGCUGCUGCCCCUCAGAGAAAUCUGCGGCCAGA